UGGGAAUGAGAACAGAAAAACAGUGCUUCUCCCGUUUUAUUUAUGAGGAAACUGGGUUCCCGAGGAUCAUGAUUUCAUUGCAAGUCACCUAGCCAUUCAUCGACCAGCACAGACAUUAGAAACCAAGUUUCCCUCCUGCCAAGCCAGUAUUUUUCCCCAUUACACUAUAGUACCUCCACUCUGAGUCACCCAUCUUUGACCUUAUCAGGUUCCUCAGACUUAAAAUCUGACAAAACCUUUGGUUAAACCCACAAAUCUUGCCGGAGCCCCCUCCCCUAAGGGGAAGAUAGGCACUGACUCAGCUCUCACCUCCCCCCAUAGCUUAGAUGGCAGUGGGUAAGGAAAUAAAAUUUCUGAUGGAUACCCCAAGAUUGCAUCUUCCUCUGAACUGCUCCGCCUCUCUUCCCGCCCCCGCAGGGAUCCAAGAAGCACAAGGCAGGGGUUGCCCUCUGCAUCCUCAAUCGGGCUCCUCCUAGUCUCCUCUUGCUUGGGCCUGCAGACCCUCUGGAUUCAGGGCCAUUCGCCCGAGAACAUUAGGGUUUGAAUCUUGCUCCUGCUGCCUUGGAGGCCUUGAACAAGUCACUUCCCACCCCAUGGCCUCAGUUUCCCCAUUUGGAAAAGGAGGACGGCUUUCAAGUCCCAGCAGGAGGGAGCGUCGUGAUUUCACCCCCCGCCCCCAUCUUUUGCCAGAGGCCGAGGCAGAGGGGUAGCUCUGCAGCUCGUGCAGGCAUCCCCCGGCUGGCCGCGGGAAGGGAGGGGGGAGGGCAGCUGAGGACAGGAAGGGAGAACCUAAGGGGGCGGGGGAGGAGAGAGCGGCGGAGGGAGGGCGGGCCUCUGGGGCCGUGCGUGCCGCUCGGCCCCGCCCCUUCGCGUCGGAGGAGUGGUUUCGCCCAGCCCCUGGCUCAUUGUGCUCGCCUCACGCCGGCCCAAGAUGGCGGCGGCGCUGGAGACCCGGGGGCUGUAACUACAAAAGAGCCAGCGAGCCAGCCGGGGAAGGAGCGAGGGAGGGAAGGAGAGAGCCUGUAGCCCCGCUGCCGCUUCCGCCGCCGUCGCCGCUGCCGCCGCCGCCGCCGCCGGUCGUGACUCCCGGGCCUCCGCCCCCCCCCUCGCGCCCCUCCUCCCUCGUUGCCCGCCCGCCCCCAGCCGCCCUCCCUCGGCCAACCGUCCCCGCGGUCGCCCGCCCGCCGGCCCUGCUGCGCCCGCCCCGCGCCCGCGCCCGCGCCCAUUAGUAUGGUGCAGCGGCGGCCGCGCUCGCGAUCAUGGGUGAGAAGCUGGAAUUGAGGCUCAAGUCGCCCGUGGGAGCCGAGCCCGCCGUGUACCCGUGGCCCCUGCCGGUCUAUGACAAACACCAUGAUGCUGCUCAUGAAAUCAUUGAGACCAUUCGAUGGGUCUGCGAAGAAAUACCAGAUCUCAAGCUUGCCAUGGAAAAUUAUGUUUUAAUUGACUAUGAUACCAAAAGCUUUGAAAGCAUGCAGAGACUCUGUGACAAGUACAACCGAGCCAUUGAUAGCAUUCAUCAACUGUGGAAAGGAACAACUCAGCCCAUGAAAUUGAACACUCGGCCAUCCAAUGGGCUUCUUCGACAUAUCUUGCAGCAAGUAUAUAACCACUCAGUCACAGAUCCAGAGAAACUCAACAACUAUGAGCCCUUUUCUCCAGAGGUGUAUGGAGAAACUUCAUUCGACUUAGUUGCCCAAAUGAUUGAUGAGAUUAAAAUGACAGAGGAUGAUUUGUUUGUUGAUUUGGGCAGUGGAGUGGGGCAGGUGGUUUUACAAGUGGCUGCAGCUACAAAUUGUAAACAUCACUAUGGUGUGGAGAAAGCAGACAUCCCGGCGAAGUACGCUGAGACAAUGGACAGAGAAUUCAGAAAAUGGAUGAAAUGGUAUGGGAAAAAGCAUGCAGAAUACACACUGGAAAGAGGUGACUUCCUUUCAGAAGAAUGGCGGGAAAGAAUUGCAAAUACAAGUGUUAUUUUUGUGAAUAAUUUUGCCUUUGGUCCUGAGGUGGAUCACCAACUGAAGGAGCGUUUUGCUAACAUGAAAGAAGGUGGCAGAAUUGUGUCCUCCAAACCUUUUGCACCUCUAAAUUUUAGAAUAAACAGUAGAAACUUGAGUGAUAUUGGCACUAUAAUGAGAGUUGUGGAACUAUCACCACUGAAAGGGUCGGUUUCAUGGACUGGCAAGCCAGUUUCUUACUACCUGCAUACUAUUGAUCGAACCAUACUUGAAAACUAUUUUUCUAGUCUCAAAAAUCCAAAACUCAGGGAGGAGCAGGAAGCAGCCCGCCGCCGGCAACAAAGAGAGAACAAGAGCAACACAACGACUCCCACCAAGGUCCAAGAAAAUAAGGGUGCUGUUGCUUUGGAGCCUCGAGUGGAUUCUGGUGCUGAAGAAGAUAAAAAUGGGACAACUACUCUUAAAAAGCCAUCUCCUUCCAAGCCUCGCAAAAAGAAAUUAAACAAAAAAGGAAGGAAAAUGGCAGGAAGAAAACGUGGACGUCCCAAGAAAAUGAGUGCUGCAAACCCUGAAAGGAAACCCAAGAAGACUCCCACUGCACUGGAGCUUCUGCAUGCUCAGACUGUGUCCCAGGCAGCUGCAUCCUCUCCUCAGGAUGCAUACAAGUCACCUCAUAGUCCAUACUAUCAACUACCUCCUAAAGUACAACGGCAUUCCUCCAACCAGCUAUUGGCAACACCAACCCCACCUGCACUCCAGAAACUAUUAGAAUCCUUUAAGGUUCAGUAUCUGCAAUUUCUGGCCUACAUGAAAACCCCACAAUAUAAAGCUAACCUACAGCAGUUGGUGGAGCAAGAGAAGGAAAAGAACACUCAAUUGUUAGGUACAGCCCAGCAGUUGUUCAGCCACUGUCAGGCUCAGAAAGAGGAGAUCAAGAGACUGUUUCAGCAGAAACUUGAUGAGUUGGGAGUUAAGGCUUUGACCUACAAUGAUCUGAUACAAGCUCAGAAAGAGAUCUCUGCUCACAACCAACAGCUAAAAGAACAGACAAAGCAACUAGAAAGUGAUAACAGUGAACUCAGGAAUCAAAGCUUGCAGCUGCUUAAGGCUCGGUGUGAAGAGCUGAAGCUGGAUUGGUCUACUCUCUCACUGGAAAAUUUGCUGAAGGAGAAGCAGGCACUGAAGAAUCAAAUUUCCGAGAAGCAAAAGCACUGUCUGGAGCUUCAGAUCAGCAUUGUGGAGCUUGAGAAAAGCCAAAGGCAGCAGGAACUACUGCAGCUGAAAUCCUACGCGCCGGCAGAUGAGGCCUUGUCCGUCCACCUGCGAAGUAAAAGCAGCUUCAGCCGUGAGCUGGAGACUGACCCUGCCAGGUUCCAGCUGGAGCUCGAGUGCUCCAAGUUGUCUUUGCCCCACAUCAAUAGCAUGAGCCCCGAACUUUCUAUGAAUGGCCAUGCAACCACCUAUGAGAUUCAUAGUAUGCUUAGUCGACCUUCUUCCAAACAAAACACUCCACAGUAUCUGACCUCCCACCUGGACCAAGAAAUAGUUCCUUGCACCCCCAUUCAUAACAACAGACAGAAGGCAGACAAAUUGUCAAGCUUGUCCUUACCUGAUUACACCAGGUUUUCCCCCGCUAAGUUAGCCCUAAGGAGACACUUGAAUCAGGAUCAUGUAGUCCAUGGAAAAGCUACAACUAAUGAAAUACACCACAGAACUGAACAUGCAAAAGAGAAUGGCCUGACAUAUCAGAGUGCUGGUCUGUCAAAUGGCCUAAAGCUGAGCCCUCAGGAAACUCGGCCUUCCUCCCCCUCGGCCUUACAGAUUGCAGGAGAGAAGAGCAGUGACAAGGUUUUAAAAGAGAGAGCCUAUGCCAGCAAUGGGGAAACAAUCACCAGCCUACCUAUCAGUAUUCCUCUCAGCACAGUGCAGCCCAAUAAACUUCCUGUCAGUAUCCCAUUGGCCAGUGUAGUGUUGCCUAGCCGUGCGGAGAAAGUGAGGAACACACCUAGUCCAGUUCAUCAGAAUCGAGAAUCUACUUCAGCAACACUUGAAAAACAGUUUGGUGCUAAUUCCCAUAAUGGUAUGAACAGUGCUGUAGGAAACAAGUCCCUUGCUUUGGCUACCUCAGGUUUUUCUUAUAGUGGCUCCUUGGCAGUCAAUGGCACACUUUCCAGUAGCCCAGCCCAUCUUAACCAUGGUGCUGAGCAGGCAGCCCUAGAUGAUUCCUCCAAUUCAGGGAGCCUCUUUAAUUCAGUGGGGUCCCGGAGUUCUACGCCCCAGCAUCCUUCUUUACUCAUGAUGCAGUCCCGGAACUCUGGCCAGAACUCUCCGGCCCAUCCACUUGCUGCCAGCCCGCGCCUAAAUGGAGCUUCUCAAAGCAUGAUGGGGAUUUUGCAGUACUCGGAUACUACAAAAUUGUUCUCUGAAGGUAACAAGGGGGAUCUUCCACUAGAUUCAGGUUUUUCAGAUCCUGAAAGUGAAGUCAAGAGAAGAAUCCUCUUUACAAUCUCGACCAAUACAGGGAACCUGAAGCAGUCUCCUUCCAACAAACACAGCCCUCUGACCACUAGCAUUCGCCCAGAUUGUGGACAGGCUUGUGUGCAAGAGGGCAAGAAGAGGGGCAGGAGGAAGCGGUCUUCCACGGGGAACCCCAGUGUGAACUCAGCAGUAUCUCCCAAGCGCAAGCCCUUACCAUCUGUGGCAGGCCUUUUUACCCAGUCUUCAGGCUCACCUCUCAACAUCAACUCUAUGGUCAAUAACAUUAAUCAACCUUUAGAAAUAACAGCCAUUUCCUCCCCUGAAAACUCCCUGAAGAACUCUCCUAUUCCUUACCAGGACAACGACCAGCCUCCUGUGCUGAAAAAGGAGAAGCCCUUGAUCCAGACGAAUGGGGCACAUUACUCUCCCCUGACUUCGGAUGAAGAGCAAGGAUCUGAAGAUGAGCACAACAGUAUCAGGAUUGAAAGGAAAAUUGCAACAAUCUCUUUAGAGAGCAAGUCUCCCCAGAAAACAGAAAAUGGUGGUGGCCUUACAGGAAGGAAGCAAACCCAGCUGACUGAAGGCAUAAACAGUAGUAAAUGGAAGUCUACCUUUUCACCAAUAUCAGACAUCAACCUUACCAAAACAUCCGACAGCCCCUUACAGGCAGCUUCGUCCCUGAGCCAGAAUUCCCUGUUUGCCUUCCGGCCGUCCUCCGAGGACACGAUGCCCAUUGACGCCAAGAUCUCUGUGCACCCGAGGAAGAGCUUCCCCAGUUCCUUGGCGGGGUCGGAUGGUCUCAGCCCCAACACAAACUCCUCCAAUGGAUUCUCUUACACCGGAGGCCUGUCUGCUGCUGACAUGAGUUUACACAGCUUUCACGAUGGUGCUUCUCUUUCUCACAAAACCACCGAGGCGGCCGGCCUAAGCUCCCCUCUGGGUUUUCAGGCACAACGGAGCAAAGACGCCUCAGACGCCAAUCCUUUUCUGAACAAGAGGCAGCUGGACGGCCUGGGCAGUAUGAAGGGAGAAGAGUUGCCGAGGGCCGGAGGCAGAAGUAAAGAGGUGCUUGACAUGGGCCUGCAGCUGGGGGGGCCCCCCGACAAGGGCUCUCUGCAGCACAUUGGCAAGGCUGGCAAAGGGCGGGAUCGGGAGGUGGAGUUUAAGAACGGCCACAACCUCUUCAUUUCUGCCGCGGCCGCUGUACCUCCGGGGGGCCUCCUCAACGGCAAAGGCCUGUCUAACACAGCCUCUGCGGCCGGCCACCCCACUUCUUCCGUAUCGGCGCACCAUCCCUUCCUCAACACUUUCACCACUGGAUCCCAGUUUCCCCUGGGCCCCAUGUCCCUGCAGGCCAACCUCAGCUCGGUGGCAGGCUCUUCAGUAUUGCAGUCUUUAUUUAAUUCCAUGCCCGCCGCCGCCAGUUUGGUCCACGUGUCAUCGGCCGCGACCAGAUUGACAAAUUCUCACGCUAUGGGAAACUUCUCUUCUGGGGUUACAGGUGGAACUGUUGGAGGUGUUUUUAACCAUGCGGUGCCUUCUGCCUCUUCUCAUCAGUUUGGAGCCAGUUUCAGCAGCAGUGCUGUCUGUAGCAGCACCAUGCUAAGCUUAAACCCAGUGCAGGCUGUGGUCACCCCCACUUCCUCUUCCUUCCAGGCCCCUUCCUCUAGCAUAGGAACAUGUAGCGAGGCUAGAGCCCCCCAGCACCUGAACCAAGUGCCUGUGCAGCCUGCCCUGCAUCCUCCUCCCCCUGCUGCUCCUCCUCCUAACGUCUCAUUACCUCCCCCUCCUCCAUUACUUGCUGCUUCUAACCCGGAGCCGGGGCUUCUGCAGACCCUAACGUCCAUUCCUGCUAACAAAGCUUUUGUCGCCCCCUCCUCAGCUGCUUCUCUCCAGGCUAACGCUUCUCUGUCUAUCAAGCUGGCCUCCCUCCCCCUCCCCCACAAAGCUUCCCGCCCCUCCUUCACAGUCCACCACCAGCCUCUGCCCCGUUUGGCCCUGGCCCAGGCUGCACCCGCGGUCCCGCAGUCCGACGCCGCUGGCCCACCCGCUAUGUGGGUUACCCUUGGCAUGCAGUCUCCUUACGCUUCGCACCUUUCUGGGGUUAAGCCGCGAUAAAGAGCUUGCUUAGCUAGCAGUUCAUAUUAUGUAAGGUAACUAGAAUUUCUACCUCAACCCCAUGUGACCUAUGCAAGGACAUCGUGGACCAACUCACACAGCUUCCACUGAAAGGUGCUCACCUGGCCUGCAAGGGUUUCUACUCACAAACUACUGGAUGACAACAUAUACAAAAAUUUUUUAAAGUACGACAGAGUAAAGAAUAUUCUACUGUGAAUCGGAGUUUUAAAAAAAACUGCAGAAGAAAUGGCUUAAAGGCUCCAGUUUGUAUUGUUGAUAGUUUUAGAUAAAGUAUUUAUCAUUUUUUAAAAAGUAAAAACAAUUUUGACUUAUUUUAUUCCAUCUAAGUCAUAAAAGGCAACUUAUUAAGAAAAUAUAAAUAACUAUAUAUAAGAAUAUAUAUAAAUAAAUAAGAUAUAUAUAAAGGACUGGCACACCAGCAGAGAUGUCAACAGCCUGUUCUCGGUGCUAUUUCAUCCAUCAGAACUGUGCCUCUGUAGUUCUCCUUGGUGCUGACUUUCGAGGGUUGACCAAUGCCAAAUACUGUUCUUGGGAAAGUCUGCUUUAUUUAUUCAAGUCACUCUGUUCAUUUACCAAAGGCUUUACCUGCUCUGAAAAAAUGAGGGCAACAAAAGUUGAUGUGUGGGUUUGGGCCCUUGGUGGUUUACGUUUGUUUGUUUUUGUUUUUAAAAACAACUCCUUUAAGCUACUCUAUAUGUUUGACAAUUGUUCUCUACUUUCUUGACCAGCUACUAAACAGCCUGGUCUUUAGUCCUUGUUACCAUUCAACCAAACAGUUCAUGUUGAACUGAGGAUACCUUAAGCUAGUUUCAUUAAAUGUUAUCCCUGUCCACCUCACAUGCUCUCAUCACCAAGUUCCCUUGUCACUGUGAAUUUUACCUGCUAUACUGUUAAUUCUUUUAGCCCUUUAUUUUGGGGAUGUCAUUGGCAUAUGAACAGGGUGCACAAUUACUGGUGUUGGUCAGGCCCAUUUUAAUUCUACAUGGCAACAUUGGACAUUAAUUCCUAAGCUGGGGCAAGUUUUAAUUUCUCAGCUUUUGUUGUUUUUGUUCAAAAUACUCUGUAUUUUCUUAGUAAUUUUUUGAUACUUGAUCCCCAGAUGGCUUGGCCUUUGUACUAAGUGCAUUUGUUUUUUGUUUUUUGUUUUGUAUUUCUUUGCUUUUCUGUAGGUAUAAAAGGUAGUUCUCUCUCACACACAUACACACACAUACACAAAUCCCACACGACUAUCUUAUUACGCACCGAUCUGAUGAUGUGGCAACAAAUUUGUUGUCUUGUGACCUGGUGUUCUGUGUACAGAAAAGUGUCACGCUAAGGAAGUGACAGUAUUUUAUAGAGAUAUGAUGAAAAUUUAUAAAUUUCAUAUACUUGAUUUCAUUUAUUUUUAGAUUGUAUAAUGCACAGUAAACUUUUAAAAAAGAGAGAGGAAAAAAAUUACAAAACAUUUUUAUUUAUUCAAGUGCACAAAAAAGGGUAUAGGUUCCAUUUUUAAGCUUCUCAUUUUGAGAUUAGGUAUCAUGGACUGGACCAAGUACUCGGAUAGGAAAUGGCAAUAACCAUGAAUUGCAGUAGUAUAUCGACUAGACCCAGUGUACCCCUGCCUAAGCAAGUGUUCCGUCAUGGCUGGCAGAGGCUUUUGAAGCCUUUUGGCCUCCUCGGAUCCAUUCCUACAAAGCUUAUUGAAGCAUCCUGUUUUCAUGCACAGACCUGGGACGGAGAAACAAGUUUCCUCCCAGAUGUUCUUGAUUUAUUUCUUCAACUUGGCCACAUUGUGUUAGGCUUCAUCAAUUAAUUGGUAAUGAAUUAAAUAACUAAUCUUGAUAAUACUUCCUCUUACUUGUGUCUCUCUGAAUCAGGUUAUUGCCUACAACCCAGCAUGUUGUGUCUGGGAAUGUUCUUUGUGUAAAUUGUGUUUAGAUUCUUGUUGCUGGAUUAGGUAUUCCAAGCUUCAGCCUCUGCUACAGAAUUUCCCCAGCUGGUUCUUCAACCCUCCUCUCCUCCCACCCCCAUUCCUGCAUUGAGCCACAGGGACAUGAAGGUUUAAUUGUCAGCACUCAGCAAAAAUGAGCAGAUUGAGAAGGAUUGUUGGGAAGAAGCGAGGGUAGGAGGAGUUAGAGACGACAUUCUGAAGGGCAGUAGAUGUGGUCACUUUUAAUAAAAGUGGGAAAUAUUCCCUGGAAUCCAGGAAUUCAUGAAAUAAAGCCAUGUCUCUUCAUGACCAUCAGAGUGACAUAUCUCCUGGCACUGGUUCUGUGGAGCCUGAAACCUAGAUUUGUGUCUUUGGGUCCCUGGGGGGGAACUCCACAAAAAAAUGAAUGUGCUCGAGUUGAGUUGUGGGUAAUCUUAUCAUGCCGACUCUUGACAUUAUAGAUAGAACUAGUAUCUUUGUAAGAUGGCAGAAAUGGGUUUGAAGAAGGAAAGGCAAUGUAAAAUGGGGAAGCUGUUGCCAUUCCUUUUGGUUUAUAUAAGUUGGGAUUCAGGAUAAGGAAAAAUACUUCUUCAUGGCUUAGAACAGCUAAGGACUGAGGUUGCAGACAGAUUUCGUUGUGACCAAAACAUUCCCGUAUUUGACUUCAACUGGUGACUAAAGUUAAACAGGAAACUAUUUGGCAAACCUAGUUAAUAGUACAUUUAUCAGUGUUUUCUGGCUGAAAUGUGAGACUUGCAGAGUUAGCUGGUUUGUUAGUUGUCUGGUUUCUGCCGGGGUUUUUAUCACUCCUAGGCCUCCCUGCCAUGGCUUUUCCCUUGCCGGUAUUUGCAUACAGAAUCCUAAGGGCCAUUCUGGUAAAAAGAUCAGCUAACAUGUUGAUUCCCUUGAGAAUGGUUUGUUUUUUAAAGGCUAGUUCAGAAAGCCAUUGGGACUCCAACAUCUGAGAACUAAAGCAGGGAAUCUAGUAAUUGGUCUGAGUGACUUUCUUUUAGUAGAAUGCUCACCAUUCUGGGCAUUUUUGCUGUUAGCCUUUGUUUUUACUGAAACUCAGUGCUCAAGUAUGGAUAUUGGGAAGCUGCUGGGGGGAGUGGGGGAGGGAGGAUGAAGGCUUGACCAGCUUUGACUUAGCCUUCCUGGCCUGAAGGUGAAUUAAAUGAAGCUGUUUCUGGAAGGAAAAAAGGAAGGUAAUUCUCCUGUUGAGAUUUGCCAGAGUCAACAACCUAGGUAAAGCCUUGGGGCUAGAAAGGUUUUCUGAAGUGAUUGUACAGAUAAACCCCUCCAGUACAGCUUUCAUGUGCUGAAUCUAGACCCUCAUCCACUGGAACUUCCUCUAAACCUCUUGCAAGUAUCUGAAUAAGGCCCAAGCGUCAACUUUUUUUUUCUCUCAGGAACUAAUUUAAAAUAGGAAAUUAAAAUUGUACCUUGUAUUCUCACAACCUUUAAAUCCUCAGAAUGUUAGUUUAUCCCCAUCUAAAUUAAUAAAUGUUCUUUACAAAGCAACAUUGUAAACCCACGAGCUGAACUCUUCCUCCAGGUAGAAGGAAGUUGUCCAAGUUGCGUUUUGCUGGUUCCCCAGCAAUGUAAGCCUGAAGGAACGUGACUGCAAAAGUGUUGUUCUUCCCUUCAGUUCAGAGCACUUGAUUUGGCCAUCCCUGCUCCCAGUUACUUGAGGGGCAGGUGCGCUGUUGAAGAGCUUGAAGAUGCUGAGAGGCUCUUUGAGGCACCACGGUGCUGAGUUAGCUGGGGAGGCUGAUGCUUUGCACUGUUCUAGAGUGGGAGAAUUCAUUUGCCAGGGCUCUUCUCACUGCUCUUUACGGGGAAAUGAGGUUCAUAGUGACUGGGCCAACGAUAACAGGGUAUGUCCAGUUAGACAAGAACGGCCUGAAAAAUAUUAGUUCUGAUAUGUGUCUGUCUCUGGUUGGCCUGUUCUGCGCCCCCUUAUCUCCCUCCCCCCCCCCCAGAUUUUUAUUAUAUUUUGGCCAGGAUUAUUAUUGAGCAGAAGUGAAGGAUGGCUGGUUUUGUCAGCUGCCCUGAGUCCAUGUUGAAAGGAGUCGUAGCUCCCUUUGGAUAUGUUAUGAAAGGUAUUCCUGCAUUGGGCAUUCAUAUAUAAUAUGGUCAUUUUUCCUUGAAUCAUAUUCUCUGGAACAUAUAAUUCGUCCAUCUUUAUCUUCAGUAGAUCCCUCGUCUCUGGACGGGCUAUGAACUGUUGGAUCCUUAGAGUAGCCCUGCUUUGCCUAAGUUGGUAACCAUUGGAGACUUAAAGCGUUGUCCCGGGGCUUGGAUGCAGUUGGCAUAGCGAGGGCAGUAGAACCCAAGUGCCCUCUCCAAAAUCCAGCAGACUGCCCCCAGAGACUUGGUCUCGUUUUGAUUUUUCACCAGCUUUGCCUGCCUGUAGUCUGCUGGAUAGGGAAAGCAUGUCACCUUGGCAGGAGUGCCUCCUUUUUUCCUUUCUGCUCACCUUCUGGCCCCCAGCUCCCUGUGAAGGCUCUGGCAGUUCCUUUAAGCCCGAGGCAAUGAUGUGACCACAACCUGGAACAGGGUGCUGCUGGACACUUCCCACCUGUUUUCUGGCAUAACUGGAAGAGGCCCUCCCUCUCACUGUGGGGAAUGGGGAAACAGGAUUGGUCUGACCCUGUAGGGUACUUACACAGUUGAUUUGGGCUUUAGAGCAAAAGACCAGUUUUUAAGAUGGUGCUAUUAUCAGCUUUUAGAAGAAACAAUAUCAAGAGGGAAAUUGUCCCCUCUCUCCUUCCUAUAAAGUUGGUGCUCUCCUUGCUCCCAGGUGCUAAACUGUGGAUAGAUAAGCUUGGAAUCAUCACAUCUCUCUGCACAAAGUAGAUCUAUUAUUCCUUUCCUUUUUGGCCUCCUGUAUUAAGGAACAUCGAGUUUCAAAGUAUCAACACUUGUCUCCAGCCUCAGUGACCAGACACCGAUCUAACUCUUCUAGGUCCUUCCCCCACCUCCUCCUGGCCAAAAGCUAUUAGGUGAUAACUCUGCCCUUCCCAGCAGGCCCUCCUCUUUCCUGCACUCAAUUCCAGUGGGCUAGAAGGAAAAAAUCAGUCUCUGUGACUUGUCAUUAUAGCACUAAAAUGGAAAAGGACUCCUUAAGUUAAUAGAUGUUUAAAGAUAUUGGGAGUUCUACACUCACACACUGCACAGCCCUUUGAAUGGUGGCUGGUUGUUUCACAAACAUGUUGGAUGAAUUACUGUUUUGUGCCAUUUUUGUUUAUACUCUACAUGUAAAAAAAAUGUGUAUACAUACACACAUUCUCUCUCACACACACACACACACUGACUUGAGUAUUGCCAUACAAGGAUAUUACUGUGGCUACUAGAACAUAACACCUAAGAUUAAGAUUAAACUGAAUUGUACUCCCGGUAUAUGCUAUUUGUGAAACUCUUUAGGGAUUGAAAAAAAUUUUUUCACUCCUUGAAGGAAAAAUGUGUGUGUUACUUGAAAUGCUGACAAAUAAUUAAGAUAUAUUGAACAAUAUUAUCCCUUCGGGUUGCCCUGUGAUUCUUAAGGCACACUUAUUUGCUUCAUUGAGAUCAGCCUUUCAAAAAGGUGCUUUAUAAGAACAGGGGAAGGGAAAAAUAUAAGAUCUUUAUUAGCUCAUGAGAGAAUUAGGGGUUUGAAGUUCCUUUAGCUAAAUGGUCAAGUUUUGGUUUUAUGAAAACACUUUGGUCUUUGUUCUUUCCAGUUGGUUUUUAGACAUGGGAUUUAGAGUUAUUGAAGAGCAGAGGAUUGUUAAAGGAAAUGAAACAGGUCAUGAAAUUACAUUGUUUGGGAAUUGAUUUGUGAAACUUUGAAGUUAACUAAACCAAUCCCCCAGAAUGGAUGAAAAACACCCCCACACACACACACAUACUCCCCACGUCUUGCUUAGGACAUGUGCUAUGGGAUGUUUCCUAGUCAAUAGGAAUUAGUUUAUAUGCGUUAGCCUAUGAAUUUGUGACUUAUUUAAAAUUCAAAUUGUUUCCCUUAAUUUAUGUCAUACAUUGUCAUUCCGUUCAUUUUUAGUAGGAAGUAGUUAAUCCUGAUCCUUUUUCCCCUUUCAUGUUUGUAAUUAAUUCUUCACAGUUCAGAAUUUAAGAGAUUUUUCCCUUCUGUUUCAGUUCCUCAUGUCGAUCUUAAUUUGUAAUUGAAAAGACGCUUUUAAGUUUUGCCUUUAUAUUAAAAAUCUAUUUUAAAUGUGUGUAUCACUAUUUUGCUUCCCUCUUCAGCCUGUUUGUUUAAGCAUCCUUUCCCAUGGGAAAUCCCUAACAUUCUCCAUUUCCACCUCUAGACUCAAAUAAAAUAUUUAUUUUCACUUGUA